AUGUAUGAUAAAAAUAAACGUGUUAAUUAUGCAUUGGAGGAGAGGAGAGUACUAACAGAACUGGUAGAAAAAUAUAAAGACAUUAUUGAAAAUAAGGAGACUAACGCAGGAAGCAAUCUACAAAAAGAUCAAACUUUGAAAGCAAUAGAAAAAUUAUUUAAUUCCAAAAAUGUUAAUGUCUACAGAGACGCUAGUUCUUUAAGGAAGCAAUGGGCCCAUAUUAAAAUGGAAACAAGAAAAAAAGCCGCGUUAGAAAGGCAAGAAAUGUACACAAUCGGAGGAGGUACAUUAAAGAAUGGUAGUUGCAGUAGUACUAAUAAUGAUGAUUUAGUAUUGUCAAUAGUUAAUAAUAAAAUUAUAACCGGUUUAGAGAAUCCCUAUGACUCCGAUGCAAUAGUUAUAAAACCAAUAGAACCAGAAAUUGUAAACAUCAAUGAAAUUUCAAGUGUGAAUAUAAUAGGAGCUUCUGAAGUACUUUCCAAUGCCAAUACGGAAAAUUUAGCUCUGCCGACUGAAGAACAAAAAUCAGAAAAAAAUGAGAAGAAACCUAGAUGGUCAGCAAAAAGGAGACCAAAAUUGGAGAAGAUAGGUCCUGUUGAAAAGGCAAAGAUUGAAGUUUUACAUGCCCAAAGGGAUCAAAUAUUACAGGAAAUAGAGAUGAAAAAAAAAUUAUUUGACCUAGAAUAUGAGCACAAGAAAAAAUGUUUAAAUUGGAAGAGGAAAAAUUGCAAAUUUAAAUUAUAUAAUUUUUUCUUUAGUUUUUGUUAUAAAUAGG